AGGAGAAGGUGUGGUCACACCCCAGCCUGAAAGAAAGCACAUUUGUCAGAGGCAAAAGGACCUCGGCCCUCCCAGAUGACACCCUAGCUCCUCCUGCUCCCUUUCCUCACCGGAUGGUCACUGCCAAAAAAGCCGCCAUCAGCAGUUUUUAUGCCGUGGACAGAUCGGAAAUUCUAGGAGGGGGGCGCUUUGGCCAGGUUCACAGGUGCGAAGAGAAAGCCACGGGCCUGAAGCUGGCGGCCAAGAUCAUCAAGACCAGGACUGCCAAGGAGAAGGACGAAGUGAAGAACGAGAUCAACAUCAUGAACCAGCUGGAUCACGUGAAUCUCAUCCAGCUCUACGACGCCUUCGAGUCCAAGAACGACUGCAUCCUGGUCAUGGAAUAUGUGGAUGGGGGUGAGCUGUUCGACCGCAUCAUUGACGAAAGCUACCGCCUGACGGAGCUCGACGUCAUCCAGUUCACCAGGCAGAUCUGCGAGGGCGUCCGGCACAUGCACCAGAUGUACAUCCUGCACCUGGACCUGAAGCCUGAGAAUAUCCUGUGUGUGAAUCGGGAUGCUAAACAAAUAAAGAUUAUUGAUUUUGGAUUGGCCAGAAGAUACAAACCCAGGGAGAAGCUGAAGGUGAACUUUGGAACCCCAGAAUUUCUCGCUCCGGAAAUCGUCAACUAUGAUUUUGUCUCCUUCCCCACGGACAUGUGGAGUGUGGGGGUCAUCACCUACAUGCUGCUGAGUGGCCUGUCCCCGUUCCUGGGUGACAACGACACGGAGACCCUGAACAACAUCCUGGCCUGCAGGUGGGACCUGGAGGAAGAAGAAUUUCAGGGCCUUUCGGACGAGGGCAGGGAGUUCGUCACUAAGCUUCUGACGAAGGAGAAGAACUGGAGAAUCAGCGCCAGUGAAGCCCUCAAGCACCCUUGGCUGGCAGACCCCAGGCUGCACUGCAGACUGCGCACCCAGAAGCAGCAACGUCCCGCGGGGGCCCGGGACCCCACCGACAAAUAGUCUGCAGAAGGCACUGGACAGGAAAACUGCUGUUUGGAGAAGAUUUUUUUUUUUUUGGAAAAAUCAGCAACUCAGCUGCCUUGACCCUCGGGUGAUGGGUGACCGGAGUCAGGGAGUCGCCUCUUGAACUUGGGGUGACUCAGCCGCACGCCGGGGGUGCCCUGUCCUGCCACCCUGGGGUGGGCAGCGUCCUGCUUGGCGCCCCUUUCUCACCUCUCUGCCCCGUGGUCGGCGUGGUGGAGCACUUUCCCUGCCGUGUGGAGUUUUUUGUCAUUUUAGUGUAGUUUGAGGCUCUCGGCCCUGGAGCCGUCCUCCGUACGGGAGAUUUUAGUUGCGUGUUGAGAGUCUGGAAGUUGUGUUGGGAAAACAGUUUCUCAUCCUUCAGGGGCGGAAGGUCUAAGAAUUCCUGCAGGUCCUGAGGUCCCCGCUGCCCGGACCCCGGCGGGUGUGAGGGGCGGGCGUCGCCCUUUCUGGAACACAGCUUGGGUUGGAUUUGCUGGUUCUUGUUUUCGAGACCAGAGACCUUUCCUGCCUCCCCUUCAGGCUGGCAGGCGCUUUCCCCAGCGCUGCCCUGUUCUGAUGAGGGCCGUGAGUGGGCCCCCAUUUUUGAGGAACUGGAAGGGGGUACCUGGGUGGGCUUCAUCCUUCAAGUGUCAACCGGGAGCAAACGCUCACCACAUGCCUCUCCCUGCCCAGAAGCAGACAGCAGCUCCCUGCGGACUUGGGGGGGGGGGAGUCCCCCAGUUCCGGGCUGAGCACAGACAUUCAUGAGGGGCCAUGUCCUCCCCCACUCCCCAUCAGACCCCCCUCAGCUCAACUGCCAGGAGGAGGAACAUCCAGAAACCAGAGGUGCUCUGGGCCCCCCUACUCACUUGGGGUGACAGUGACGGGUCUGGGGCUUCCCCCGCUAAUAAGGGAAGGUUCCCCGGGGCCCCCUCCGGAGGGAACCGACCCCUCAUUUGUUGUGGAAGAUGGAGGGGCGAGCCCCCCGGCUCCCACCCACCCUUCCCUGUACCC